GUGAGAGAGAGAGAGGAAGGUAGAGAGACAUAGAGAGAGAGGAAGGUAGAGAGACACAGAGCGGUAGAGGGAGAGAGAGAGGUAGAAAUGGCGCCUCGCCGCUGCUCUCGUUGAGGUGGUGUGUAGUGUAGUGGUGUGUGUUGUGUUGUGUACAGUGUGUAGUAGUGUGUAGUGUGUGUGUGAGCACCAGAGACGGAGACACAGAACAAACAUGGUGAACACGAGGAAAAGCUCGCGUACGGGGAGCGGCCCCUUCAUCUCCUCCAGGACCAGGUCGUCCUCCAGACCGGAGCGCCGCUCGGAGGAGCACAAGGAGCCCAGUAGUGAUGUGAGCAGUCCCAGCAGUCCACGGUUGGGUCCCCCUUCAAAGCGGACGCGGCGGCAGGCUGCCUCCGAGCCAAGCUCCAGCGAUACCUCCCCGUCCCCACAGACUAAGGGCCAGAGGGUCAGCUGGGACAUCCCCACCUACCGCACCAGGUUGUCCUCUCGUAUAAUGCAAAAUGGACACGCCCAUAUAAGUGGAGGUGGAGAUCACUCUCACAUGAAUGGCCAUGUGGAGCUGAAGAGGAGCUGCCGGGGGAAGAAGAGCAAAUAUGAACACCUCAACCAGAGCCUGCUGUUUGACCAGCUGGUGAACAGCACUGCUGAGGCUGUCCUUCAGGAGAUGGACAACAUCAGCAGCAUCAGGCAGAACCGCGAGGUGGAGCGACUUCGCAUGUGGACUGGAGACACUGAGGAGGAAAACAUGGACAUGUAUUCUCGGGUGAAGCGCAGGAAAUCCAUGCGCAGGAGCACUUUCAGCAUGCCUACACACCACAAAGUCCUGAGCAAAAACGAGCAGGAGGAUGAAGAGGAGGAAGGGACGGAAGACUCUCACGGCGAGGAAGAGGAGGAGGAUGCAGAGGAUGAAGACGACGAAGGGGAUGAAGCAGAGGAGGCAGGGGAGGAAAACGACAGACCGUACAACCUGAGGCAGCGAAAGACGGUGCAGAGAUACGAGGCACCACCUAUCGAACCCGUGAACAGAAAACAGAGCAACCCCUCACUUUUUGACACCCACAGAUCCCCAGCGAGAAGAAGCCAUAUAAGAGUAAAGAAACACGCCAUUCACAGCAGUGACACCACCUCGUCUUCUGAUGAAGAGCGGUUUGAGCGGAGAAAAAGCAAGAGCAUGACCCGAGCCAGGAACAGGUGUUUGCCCAUGAACCUGGCAGCAGAAGACCUGGCGAGUGGGGUUCUGCGUGAUCGGGCGAAAGUGGGUGCCAGCUUAGCUGAUGUGGAUCCCAUGAACCUCGAUAGCUCAGUGAAAUUUGACAACGUGGGUGGCCUCAGUAAUCACAUUCAGUCUCUAAAGGAGAUGGUAGUGUUCCCACUGCUUUAUCCUGAGAUCUUUGAAAGGUUCAAGAUUCAGCCUCCCAGAGGGUGUUUGUUCUACGGCCCUCCAGGGACCGGAAAGACCCUGGUAGCACGGGCGCUUGCCAAUGAGUGUAGCCAGGGCGACAAGAAGGUUUCCUUCUUCAUGAGGAAAGGAGCCGACUGCCUCAGCAAGUGGGUCGGGGAAUCGGAACGCCAGCUACGCCUGCUCUUUGAUCAGGCGUACCUGAUGAGGCCAUCCAUAAUUUUCUUUGAUGAGAUUGAUGGUUUGGCUCCUGUUCGCUCCAGCAGGCAGGAUCAGAUACACAGUUCUAUUGUUUCCACUCUGCUGGCCUUGAUGGACGGCUUGGACAGUCGUGGGGAGAUAGUGGUCAUCGGUGCUACAAACAGACUUGACUCUAUCGACCCGGCACUCAGGAGACCUGGACGCUUUGACCGGGAGUUUCUGUUCAGCCUGCCCGACAAGAAGGCCAGAAAGCACAUCUUGGAGAUUCACACACGGGACUGGAAUCCCAAACUGGCUGAGCCAUUUGUAGAUGAACUAGCAGAAAAAUGUGUCGGCUACUGCGGUGCUGACAUCAAAGCACUUUGCACAGAGGCAGCGUUGGCCGCGUUGCGCCGCCGCUACCCCCAGAUCUACGGCAGCAGCGUCAAACUGAGGCUGGAUGUCACCUCCAUCGUCCUCGGGCCCGCCGACUUCAGCAAGGCCAUUAGGACGAUCGUCCCGGCCUCCCAGAGGGCCCUGGCUCCCCCCGGCCGAGCCCUCUCCCCCGCCCUCAGGCCCCUGCUGGCCAGCUCUUUCUCCUUGGUGCUGAAAGCUCUGCUCCGAGUCUUCCCCCAUGCUCAGUGUACUGACAGGGACAACACACACGGCGGUGACAAUCAGCUGCUCGAAGACGACUUGUACAGCGACGAUGACAAUGAGGAACGCUCCGUUUCCAUCUAUGAAGUCCAGCCUGCUGCAUCCCCAAAGAGUCAGCUCUCCUCCUCUGCAAUGCACAGACCCUUCCUCCAUUUCUCCUCCUCCGCCCUCCAACAGCCCACAGCCUACCGGCCCCGUUUGAUGCUGGCCGGGGCCCCGGGCUCAGGACAGAGCUCCCACAUGGCCCCCGCCUUGCUGCACCACCUGGACAAGCUGCCGGUGCACCGCCUGGAUUUACCCACCCUCUACUCCGUCAGCGCUAAGACGCCAGAGGAGUCCUGUGCUCAGGUUUUCCGCGAGGCCCGCCGCAGCGUUCCCAGUGUGGUGUUCAUGCCGCACAUCUCGGAGUGGUGGGAGACAGUGAGUGACACUGUGAAGAGCACCUUCCUCACCCUGCUGCAGGACGUGCCCUCGUUCAGCCCCGUUCUUAUCCUCGCCACUGCAGAGACUCACUACUCACAGCUGUCAGAAGAGCUAAGAAGCAUGUUCCAGAGGACGUACGGGGAGGUAGCGACGCUGUGCCCUCCAGGAGAAGAGGACCGGAAGAACUUCUUCUCUGACCUGCUGUUGGUCCAAGCGGCCAGAGCUCCUCCACGCCUCAGGAACACGGGGAGGUUAGAGGAGGUGCUACCGGCGGAGGAGGCUCCGGGCCCCAGAGUCCUGUCAACAGAAGAACAGCACCGCUUGGCCGAGCAGGAGGAGAACACACUACGGGAGCUCAGGCUCUUUCUCAGGGAUGUGACCAAGCGCCUGGCCACUGACAAACGCUUCAACAUCUUCAGCAAGCCGGUUGACAUCGAUGAGGUGUCGGACUACCUGGAGGUUAUUCGGCAGCCGAUGGACCUGUCCACCGCCAUGACCAAGAUUGACACCCACCAGUACCUGACGGUGAAGGACUUCCUGGCGGACGUCGACCUCAUCUGCAGCAACGCUCUGGAAUACAACCCCGACAAGGAUCCUGGAGACAAGGUGAUCAGGCAUCGAGCAUGCAGCCUAAAGGACACAGCUCAUGCCAUAUUUGCUGCCGAGCUGGACCCCGAGUUCGACCGCAUGUGUGAAGACAUCAAGGAGGCUCGCAGGAAGAGAGACCUCCAGACGCCGCCUCAGCCGACGCCGCUGCUGGGCGCCGUGGCAACCAGGAGGCACCACGCUGCAGGAGAGGAGCAGGCCAAGAGCAGCACUCAGGGCGAGGCCACUGACAAGCAGUGCACCACUAAUCAUAUAAAGCGUAAGAUCCGCCGGCGGCCAUCCUGGGGGCGGGGCAUCAUCCGUAAGAAGAGGAGCUACAGGAAGGAGACGGAAGAGGAGGAGGAGGAGGAGGGGGAGCCCGAGGCAGAGGUGGAGGUCGCAGGGCCCAGUGACUCGUGUCUGACGCAGGACGAGGAUUCAUCAUGUGAUACCAUGGGUCCACAGCCCAACGGCCACCACCCCCACGGCCCCUCCACGGAGGAGGAGAGCUCCAACGAGCCCCCUGUUGCAGCUCCUGCCAAACCUCCAGAUGCAAGUGAGGCCCGAGAAGAGCCAACGCCUAAGGAGGAGAAGGAGCCCACAGCCAGAGAUGCAGAGCCGGAGAACCCAGAGAAACUCACCGAGCUGCAUCGUCUCGGUGGCAGUUCUCAGCCGGAGGCAGACAGGGAUGACUCGGCCAAGCAGGCGGACCUUCAGCCUUUGAUUGAGAAGUCCAAAUCUUUACGUUCCGAGGUCCAGCCUGAGCACACAGAGGGUCCCUCGGUAUCACAAGCGGACUGCGUGAACGGAAACGAGUCGAUGGACAGCCUGGACUCGCAGACCAUCAAGCGGAGCGGUGAGGCUGAGAAAAGGAGUCCUCCGAGCAUGACGGAGGGCUCUAAUGAACCAGAACAGGAAGAGCACAAAGACAAAAACCAGAGCCAUCCAACUCAGGAGCACCCACCUCAGGAUGGGAGUGCAGUAACGGAGAACGCAGAGGAAGAUCUGGAUCCAGAAGGAGGUUCCACAGCCGAGACAUGCAGGAUGAGCCUCUCGGAGGAGUCGAAGGGAUCUGCUGAAAAGACGGAAGAAGAGCCACAACCGGUCCCUCCACAGCCUCCCUUGGUGGUCGACCACCAGCGACUUUCGGCUCUGCUGGAUACGGUGGUGAAGAAGAGUGAGGGCUACAGCGUGGAGGAGCUGGAGAGACUGUACUCCCUCCUCAGCCAGUGUAUCUACAAACACCGCAGAGAGUACGACAAGACUCAGCUACUGGAGGAGAUGGAGGGGAGAAUCCAGCAUUUUGAUACAUUCCUGUGAGACGGAGAUGGAGAGAGUACCUUUAUCAGGUAGAUCCUGAACAGCGUGGGACCACAAAGACAGAGAGCAUAAGGAGCUUCUUAGUCCAGCACUCAACACAAGAAACACACACACACACACACACACACACACACACACACACACACAGAAUAUCCAGCGCCCUCUUCAUGCUGAGAGGCGACACAACGAGGACGACGUUGAGGACAGAGACAUUCAAUGGUGCUAUCGUCUCAGGAACCUGGCCAGAUCCAGACCCGUACUACACAAACCAAACUCCUGGAGGUGUGUCGGUCACACACACACACACACACACACACACACACACACACACACACACACACACACACACACACACACACACACACACACACACACACACACACACACACACACACAGACCAACAGUAACGGGCAACCCUGGUGCUACUCGGGUGCUAUUCUAACUUUCAUCCAUGCUGCUCUUGGGACUACUUCUUAACUUGGAUGACUAGCAAAACCAACAGAUCGGGUGAUGUCAUAUCGCAAACCUGGCCGUGCAUACACACUCAAACACACACACACACACACACACACACACACACACACACACACACACACACACACACACACACACACACACACACAUACUGACUCUUGGGUAUGCAUGUAUUUUUAUACAAACACACCCCCAGAAAUGCACACACUUUAACACGCACACAUACACUCACCCAGAUCCUCACCAGCAGAAGUGUGAAUGCAGAGUGCGGCCCGGAGACGAGGACAGUACGACGUUCUGAAUCAGUGAACCAGACUGCUGAGCCCGUCUUUCCCCCCCAGUGGAACGCUUCGUCAUCGGCCAGUUUGAUUAUUAUGCGGCUCAUUCUUUCUGCCAUUUUUUUUUAGCUACUUGAUUAAUUCAAUAUCUGAGCCACCGUCAAGGAUCCUCAACCAGAACAAUAGUUUACAAAGAAGUUUUUAGUAAGUGCGAACACACAGUUCUGAUGAGGUUAGCACAGAAAAAGGACCAGAAGCGAUUAUGUCCUCUUCAUUACAGCAGCCCCCCUCCCCCAAUCCCCUCCCUCGGGGGUGUGGAGGGCCGUUAUAGCCCCCUCAGCACUCGUCUGAGAGCCACUGGUGAACGAAAGGAGCGUCGCCUGCAGGUCAGCUGCACAACCACUUCUCUCAUCGGCCUCCUCGGGCGUUCUGAGCAGAUUGUCAUGUCCUGAACAGUUUGUGAUAGCUGAACCCCUCCACCUCCCCCUCCAUCUCCCCCUCCUCACUACAUUCAGUCUUGAAUGUUUUCCCUCCCACUCAAGCUGCGCCCGCCCAGUUGAUUUUUUUUUCCCACCGACACCCCCCCAGCUGAGGAACUGGAAGCAGUAUGAAUUGGAAUGCGUCCAGAGUUUUGCACUGCCUAGUGUGUGCCUUAUUUAAAAAAAACCUCAUAUGAAACUGAUAUAUUCAGCAGGAUUUUUUUUAUUAUUUAGUACUUUGUGACAAUGAACCGGCUCCAAGUUGAUGUGGGUCCGAAAACCACUGAGGUCAAAGUGACCUCGAGGGAAUAAAAUACAUAUUUUAAUGCCAUUAGUUCAUUUAAAAACAUACGUAGGUUGUACACCUCUAAAAAAAACUAAUUGACGACGUGAAAAUCGGAAAACGAGUAAUUUUAGACAAAACUUACCUCCUUUGUGUGUCCGUGUCUGGCCAGACACGUCCGAAGCACUUAAAAUAUUGUUUUCAAUAUUUAAAUUUAUUCACGCCCUGUUAAAAGCCCAGACUUGAUGGAGAGGUCGGCCUCCACCCGAGCGAACAGCAGGUGUAUGAAAAGGUUGACAAGACCAGCUUUUCUUCAGUUCUCCAUAUGCAAAAAGAAAUUGAAAGAAUUAUGAUGCGAGAGUCAAACAAUUAACCGUGCCAAGUGUUCUCUCACUCCCCUAAAAAAAAAAAGGUGCUGACAUAACGGUGCAGGAUUCAGUCUCAGCGAUGAAAAUGUUCUAUUCGACGGUCAUGUUUUGUGUAUUUGAUCAUUAUUUUUUAGUUAUUUUGUUUUUUUAUUAUAAAAUGCUUUGCUUGAUUUGAGAUUUUUUUUUUGCAUGGGUUGUGAAUCCAUAAUGAACAAGGCCAUUCUAGGCAGUGCCCGUCACUAAAGGUGUAUAAAGCAUUAUUACAUGAUUAUUAUCAUUUUUUUUCCUCCUUUCAAAUAUGUGUACCGACUUUAUGGAUUUAUUUUAUUUUGUCUGUUUUUUUUCCUCAACACCAGACAAGGGAAGCUGGAUUCACAUCUGUGGCCAACACAGUUUUUCCGACCGCAGUAAAUUAAGGUAUUUACUGAAGCUUUAUCAAGUUUUUCGUGAGCGGACGUAGACUUCGAAAAACGGCCCUUUCUUUCACUCUCGUCCAAUCCUCGAACCCGUUGGUGCAACUCUGACCCCCAAGCUCACCUCUGCCUUUUUUUCUCAGAAUCUAAGAUGACAAAAGCGAAAAGACCAUAUGCAAACUGGCAACGACAGGUUAGCACUUGGACUACUGCAGAGAGAGAAAAAAACCAACGCUACCUCAGCUUAAUUUAUUUUAAUCUGUAAACUGUUUACUGAGUACAAUAAAUAAAUAAAACCAACAGUAUGUUUUUCUCCCCCUGAAAUACUGUUGCAACAUCUACAGUACCAUCAAAGGUACCGGAUCAGUGAAACCAUGGCUGCUGCAGUAAUCCAACAGUUGUUUUUUAAUCUCUCUCCGAUUGUUAUGUAUGUUUGCAUUUGAGCCAGAUGAUGAUUGCAUACAUGUUAAGCAUACUUCAUGGACUGUGUAUUUUAUACUUUACUUUCAGGUUCUCUUAAUUUUCUAGGAUGGAUAUAUCCUUUAUCUAAUCACCCCCAUACCUUCAUAGAAUCGUUCUCUGCCUCUUUUUCACAACCAUCGCCUUUUUUCGUUUUUUUCAUAUUCAGCUUUUUCUUUUUUGUGUGUGUUUGCGCAGAUUUUCAUCUCAUGAUUCAGAUUAUUUAUUAUUAAACACGUUUUACACCUAAUAUUUAGUCAGUUGUCUUUUUGUACGUUUUUUGAAAAUUAAACCAAUCGAGGGAAGCGUUGCGCGUCUGUUUUUAACAAUUUUUUGCUGAAUUGCGUAGCGUUUGUGUAGCAGGUUUAUUUGGGGCGUGUGCGGGGGGAAUAAAAGGGUUUACAGGUCUCUCAGGUUCAACACACGACAACAUGCCCUUUUUUCUCAACUUUUCUAUUUAUUUCAUUGUUCUGGUGUUUUUCUUUGAUAAAGACUGUGUGGCAUACUGGAAGAGACUUAACAUUAGGACGGGAUAGAUACUGAAAACGCAGUGUCUGUCUACUACAUCCCAGGAGGAGAAACAGGACCAUUAAACGUUCUUUUAAUGUCGUUCACUUCGUCUCCACUUUCUGCCAAAAGAGUUAUUUUUAAUGGAUUUAGAAAACGCAUAUGGAAAUAAAAUAUGGGUAGUUAAAUGUCAUACAUUGCGAUCUUCCUUUCUUAUAAUAAAAUUGUAGCCAGUUUGGACUAACAACCAAUUUUUGUCUGGUAGUUGAGACUACUUAGUCCAGUAUGCAGAGGGGAAGGGUUUGUUCUAUCCUGAAUUACUUCUGUUCUGCCCUAUUUUUUGUUUUUGUUUUCACAGUUUAUUUUAGUCAAGACUUUCCCUUAGCUCUGUCAGUUCUGUUCGUUUGUGAAUUUUAACACACCUGUUCGCAAUUGUUACUUUAGUGUAAGUUAUAUUUGAAAAUGAAACAUUUACUGUAUUUCUCAAAUAAACUGCUGUGAUAUACUUGAAUAAAAAGGUGCA